AUGGUGCCCGGCUCAUGGUGCCCAGGUCAUGGUGACCGGCUCAUGGUGCCCGGCUCAUGGUGCCAUGUUCAUGGUGACCAGUUCAUGGUGACCGGCUCAUGGCUCAUUGUGACUGGCUCGUGGUGCCUGGCUCAUGGUGCCGGGUUCAUAGUGACCGGGUCACGGCGCCCGACUCAUGGUGCCCGGCUCAUGGUGCCCGGCUCAUGGUGCCCGGCUCAUGGUGCCGUGUUCAUGGUGACUAGUUCAUGGUGCCAAACUCAUGGUGACCGGCUCAUGGUGCCCGGCUCAUGGUGCCGGGUUCAUGGUGACCGGGUCACGGUGCCCGGCUCAUGGUGCCCAACUCAUGGUGCUCGGCUCCUGGUGCCCGGCUCAUGGUGCCCGGGUCAUGUUGCUCGGCUCAUGGUGCCCGGCUCAUGGAGCCCAGGUCAUGGUGCCUGGCUCAUGGUGCCCAGUUCAUGGUGUUCGGCUCAUGGUGCCCGGUUCAUGGUGAUCAACUCAUGGUGCCCGGGACAUGGUGCCCAACUCAUGGUGCCCGGGUCAUGGUGCUCGGGUCAUGGUGCCCGGGUCAUGGUGCCCGAGUCAUGGUGCCUGGGUCAUGGUGCCCGGGUCAUGGUGCCCAGCUCAUGGUGCCUUGCUCAUGGUGCCCGGUUCAUGGUGCCCGGUUCAUGGUGCCAAGCUCAUGGUGCCUGGCUCAUGGUGCUUGGCUCAUGGUGCCCGGGUCAUGGUGCCCGGGUCAAGGUUCCCGGGCUCACGGUGACUAGCUCAUGGUGCCCAACUCAUGGUGUUGGUUUCAUGGUGACUGGGUCAUGGUGCCUGGCUCAUGCUGCCCGGCUCAUGGUGGUCGGCUCAUGGUGCCCGGCUCAUGUUCAUGGUGCCAUGCUCAUGGUGACCGGCUCAUGGUGCCCGGCUCAUGGUGCCGGGUUCAUGGUGACCGGGUCAUGGUGCCCAGCUCUUGGUGCCCGACUCAUGGUGCUCGGCUCAUGGUUCCCGGGUCAUGGUGCACGGCUCAUGGUGCCCGGCUCAUGGUGCCCGGCUCAUGGUGCCCGGCUCAUGGUGCCCGGCUCAUGGUGCCCGGCUCAUGGUGCCGUGUUCAUGGUGACCAGUUCAUGGUGCCAGGCUCGUGGUGACCGGCUCAUGGUGCCCGGCUCAUGGUGCCGGGUUCAUGGUGACUGGGUCAUGGUGCCCGGCUCAUGGUACCCGGCUCAUGGUGCUCGGCUCCUGGUGCCCGGCUCAUGGUGCCCGGGUCAUGGUGCUCAGCUCAUGGUGCCCGGCUCAUGGUGCCCAGCUCAUGGUGCCUGGCUCAUGGUGCGCGGUUCAUGGUGUUCGGCUCAUGCUGCCUGGCUCAUAGUGCCCGGGACAUGGUGCCCGGCUCAUGGUGCCCGGGUCAUGGUGCCCGAGUCAUGGUGCCCGGGUCAUGGCGCCCGGGUCAUGGUGCCCGGGUCAUGGUGCCCAGCUCAUGGUGCCUGGCUCUGGUGCCCGGUUCAUAGUGCCCGGUUCAUGGUGCCAAACUCAUGGUGCCCGGCUCAUGGUGCUUUGCUCAUGGUGCCCGGCUCAUGGUGCCCGGGUCAUGGUGCCCGGGUCAUGGUGCCCAGUGCCUGGCUCACAGUGACUAGCUCAUGGUGCCCAACUCAUGGUGCCGGGUUCAUGGUGACUGGGUCAUGGUGCCCGGCUCAUGGUGCCCGGCUCAUGGUGGUCGGCUCAUGGUGCCCGGGUCAUGGUGCCCGGCUUCUGGUGCACGGCUCAUGGUGCCCGAGUCAUGGCGCCCAGGUCAUGGUGACCGUUCCAUGGUGCCCAGCUCAUGGUGCCUUGUUCAUGGUGACUAGUUCAUGGUGCCAGGCUCAUGGUGACCGGCUCAUGGUGCCCGGCUCAUGGUGCCGGGUUCAUGUUGACCGGGCUCAUGGUGCCCGGGUCAUGGUGCUCGGUUCAUGGUGCCGGCUCAUGGUGCCCGGCUCAUGGUGCUCGGCUGAUGGUGACCAGCUCGUGGUGCUCGGCUCAUGGUGCCCGGGUCAUGGUGCCCGAAACAUGGUGACCGGGUCAUGGUGCCCGGCUCAUGUUUCCCGGCUCAUGGUGCUCGGCUCAUGGUGCCCAGUUCAUGGUGCCAAGCUCAUGGUGACCGGGUCAUGGUGCCUGGGAGAUGGUGCCCGGCUCAUGGUGCCCGGGUCAUGGUGCUCGGUUCAUGGUGCCGGCUCAUGGUGCCAGGGUCAUAGUGCCAUAUUCAUGGUGACCGGAUUAUGGUGCCAAGCUCAUGGUGCCCGGCUCAUGGUGACCGGGUCAUGGUGCCUGGGACAUGGUGCCCAGCUCAUGCUCGUGGUGCUCGGCUCAUGGUGCCCGGGUCAUGGUGCCCGAAUCAUGGUGACCGGGUCAUGGUGCCCGGCUCAUGUUUCCCGGCUCAUGGUGCUCGGCUCAUGGUGCCCAGGUCAUGGUGCUUAG